AUGCUGUGGAUAUUUCGUUAUUUUCUUGUCUGUGUUUCGGUCACCAACAUUGUAAUCGCUGAGGAUCAAUGCAGGAUAGAAAUUAACAUUCGUGGCAUGGCUCUCAAAGGUUUCGCUUUUGAGAGAAUGACGGUGGCGGCUCCUCACAUCUGUGAUAUCUUAUGUGAAAGGGAAAUUAUCUGCCAGAGCUACAAUUUCAACAGAAAAGAAAAGAUCUGUGAAUUAAACAACCGCACAAAGGAUGCAAGACCCGAAAAUUUUCGCUCAGACCCAGCAUGGUUUUAUAUUCGCCGUUUAAACGGAAGAGGUAAGUACUCAACCAAGCACUUUCAAUAAAAAUCAUGCUGCUUACAGUCCGUGUUUUCCAAUCUCCCGUGCCCGUUGGUAUCAAUUGCUCUAUCAAAUUAAAAUAGAAAAUUUUAUCCUUUUCUUCUUCCCUUUAAGUUUAAAUAUUUGUUAACUUCUUUUAAAAAAAGCAGCUGUGAUACAUGCAAAAACAUUGACACCAAAUGAUUGUGUUAUUUCUACAAGAAGCUUAGGGUCAGUAAAGAACUUUGAAGAAUUGGAAGCUCGAACGAGGGCUUUAUGCGAGAGGGGUCCUGUCUCCCUAGAGGGUUGUGCUUGACAGAACGUUAAAAUAUUUCACAACAAAAGAAGGAGAUUCAAGUGAAUGAAACUCGAGCUUCAUUCCUAUUCCCUCGUGCUUUUCACUUUUUCCUUACCAUCUGCGCUUACGAAUACUUUAUUUUCAACAUUUUUACCCGUACCAGCUCCCUUGGGUUCGAUACCGGAGUUACCAGCUCGUUCAUGCCAAGAAAUAACAGCAGGCGAAGGGAAAGACACACCAAGCAACAAUUACUGGCUGGAUCCAUCUGGCAAUGGGAAGGCAUUUUUGGUUUACUGUGAUAUGAAUUUGGAAGGUUAG